AGCUUAUGUAAUGAUUUACCAAGAUCCAACCCUACAUCUAAAUAUUAUAAUUUACAUUCCUGAAGAAUAUACUAUUAAAGAGCAGUCUUGAUAAGCUGAGAUAAAAAGAAGCAGGAGAAGAUCCUUCACUGACUUUAACAAAAAGAAAAACUCAGGAGUUGGAAGAACGUUUUUGUAUUUUGUAUUGUCCUGUCAGCUGAAGUAGCAAUGGAGCCAUCAGAUAAAUACAUGUUCAAACACAGGGGAUUUUAUUUUGUCCAAGACUUGGCUACACCAGAAAACAUUGAUUCACUGGAGAAUUUUGAAAUACGGGACAGUGACGUAUUUCUGGUCACUUUUCCAAAAUCAGGAACCAUAUGGACUCAGAAUAUUUUGAGCUUGAUUUAUCAUGAAGGUCAUCGUAAUGGGACUGAAGACAUAGAUCUGCUAGACAGAGUUCCAUGGCUGGAGUACAACAUCCGCAAGGUAGAUUAUGUUAAUCGCCCAUCACCUCGUCUCUUUGCCAGCCAUCUGCACUAUUGUUUAAUGCCAAAGGAAUUAAAAAAUGGAAGAGGAAAGAUUAUUUAUGUGGCCAGAAACCCAAAGGAUGUAUUGGUUUCCUAUUUUCAUUUUUCCAAAGUUUCUCAAGUAUUGGAAGAUGUGGAAGACUUUGAAGUUAUUAUGGAAAAGUUUUUGGCUGGUAAAGUGAUAGGUAACUUAUGGCUAGACCAUGUAGAAGGCUGGUCUGCUCAGAAGGACAACCAGAACAUUCUCUUCCUUAUGUAUGAAGAAAUGAAGAAGGAUCUGAAAGGCUCAGUAAUAAAAAUAUGCAACUUCCUUGGAAAGAGAUUGACUGAAGAGGAGAUAGAUGAUGUUGUGGAUAAAGCUUCAUUUGGCAAAAUGAGUGUAGAUCGUAGAGCCAAUUAUACCACCAUGCCUUCUGACCUCCUAGAUUUCAGCAAAGGACGGUUUCUACGAAAAGGUACUAUUGGAGACUGGAAAAACACAAUGACGGUUGCACAGAAUGAAAGAUUUGACAGUGUUUUCAAGAAACGGAUAGAAAAGCUGCCCAUCAAGUUCUGCUGGGAUAUCAAUGAUGAAUUAUGAACAAGGAUGGACAAACCUGACUCUUUUGUUUUGUGCAGAUUUGUUUUAAUUUGAUGAAGCUAUAGAUUUGUUCCAACUUGUUUUCAAAUCAGGUUACAAAUUUUGUUGGGUAAAGUGGACACAAUUUAAACAGAAUUCUCAUAAAGUCCAGAUUCAGAAUGCCUUUCCCAAAUAUACACAUAUCUGAGAAGAAUUGGUAGGCAUAGGAGAAUUUUGAAUUUUCUAUUUUUUAUGAUGUACAAUUUCAUGUACAAUUUUUUGUAUUUUCGUUUAGUCAGAGACAAAAGUCAGAUCAUUGUAAGGCUUAGGGGAUCGCAACGGAUAAAACAAUCAUUGUGUUACUGAUUGUGUAUCGUUUGUAAAAUGAGAUUCAGUUCAGUUCUUCCCUACCAUUAAUGAGGAGUCAAUGCCAAAUUAAACAGGAACCAAUACAAUUUCAUUCUUAUAUUUAGUAUAAUGUUCAAUGCAUUGCAAUAAGAUUACAAAGAAAGAAAGAAAGAUUAACUUCAUUAUGGAUUAUAUAUUGUUUCAAAAUGAUGAGAUUUCUCCACAAUCACUAACAAUUAGUGAAUACUGACUUAAAAGAUAGCAAGAUUAUGCCAUGAAUAACUUUAAUCCACAUUGCUUGGAAACAGGCAUGCGGGGAAAAAACCUUGUUCAAAUAAUACUAUAAUUCUGAAAUACAAUGAAUAAACAUAUUAAAUAUUUUAUUAUUACA